UCUCACUCAAACCAUCACUUUUUUCUACCCCUCCCAAUUAAACCAAAUUGGCAAAAUCCCAUUCAAACCUCCUUUGUGUUUUCAUUUCUCUUUGCGACAAUGUGUGAAACCAAAAGCUUCUACUUGUGGCUUCUCCAAGUCAUUGGCUUGUUAGGCAUUCUUGCUCUUUGUCUAUGGCUAGCCAUGCGUCCUAAAAGCCCCAACUACACCAUCGUCAACUUUUCAAUCCCGGGGGCAAAUACAAGCAACGAAUCCGAUCACGGUUCCAUACAAUACGAACUCGAUAUCGAAAACCCAAACCAAGAUUCCGGUAUAUACUACGAUGAUAUCUUCCUUAUGUUCUAUCAUGGGGAAGAUAAAGUUGGGAGCAAAACUAUACCUUCGUUUUAUCAAGGGAAGGAUAAAACUCGUCAAGUGAUUGAUCAAGUGGAUGUUGAGACCCGUUUUUGGACUGUUCUUCGUAAAGCAAUAAUGAAUGCAACGGCUGAAUUAAGGGUUGAUUUGUCGACAAAGAUUAGGUACAAUACGUGGGGCAUAAAGAGUAAGCAACAUGGGAUCAAUAGGGAAGGGAAGAUACCUAUUGGUAAAGAUGGUAAGAUAUCGAACAAGAAGAAGAAGGUUAAGCUUCGACAUGCAUCAAAAAAAUGGAAACAACGAAGUACUCGGUUUCUCUUAAGUACUUGAUUUACUUUUGAUCUUGUUUAUAUAUUUGUUGUCGUAAUUACCAGUUUUUUUCUCUUUGGAGUUGUAUAUGUUAAUUAGUUUGUGAAGACAAAAAAAAAAAAAAAAACCUUUAUGGAUGAAUGAUUUAGGCUUCUAAAUGCAAUACAUGCAAUGAAACAAUGCUAUGUAUUAUUGUUUUGUUUGGUACGAAAAAUGUAUGCAAAUUUCGAAAAUAGGUAGU